AAACAGACAAAUUAUUGAAAAAGACUGCUUCUUACCCCUCUUCGUCCCUGCUCCUUUCCCUUUUCUUUCCCCCUCGCUCUGGCCCUCUCUGAUUCUUCGGUUUUCAUGGCUGCCUUGUGCUCUUCCAUUCUCGAUCGCUGAUUUGUUAUUGGUUUUGAUUUCUCUACAUUCUGGGUCGGCUUCUUUCUUCCAACCAAUUAAGGAAUCGUCGCAUCUUUCAGGUUCUGGGUUUACCUCGAGUUUAAUAUCGAGUUUAAUACUGGGCAUAAUGCAAAUUUAGGGUUUUACUGGGAAUUUGAUUUUAAUCGAUACCCAAUAGGUUAUUGAAGAAGUGGGGCUCAAAUUAUUUCAUGUUCUUGAAUGGUAUGGUGGAAAAUUAGGGUUCAUCUGGUUCUCUAGGUUUUCAAAUUAGAAAGUUGAUUUUUUGAAGUAGGUGGGUAUGGUGGGAAAGGAAGAUGCUUCCAGUAAUCCGUGGGCUGGAGGCCAGAUUUCUGGCUCCCGAAAAAUGUUUUUGCGCUCAGCCUCGUGGUCCUCUCGCCGAACUGCCUCUCAAGCUUCUGAAAGUGAAGAGGGAGAUUUAGCAGAUCCGCAUGGUAGUAAUGGUAAUAAUGAUGGGCAAAGUCGCCGUUGUCCUCCUCCUCCUCCUUUAACCCCGAGGUCUCAACAGAAUUGUAAGGCCCGCUCUUGUUUGCCACCUCUACAGCCAUUAUCGAUUGCACGCAGGAGUUUAGAUGAGUGGCCAAAGGCCAGUUCUGAUGAUCUUGGGGAGUGGCCACAACCACCAACCCCAAGUGGGAACAAGAGUGGCGAGAGGUUAAAGCUUGAUUUGUCAUCAAUUCAGAGGAAUCCAGACAAGAAUGGUGGUCUUGUGAAGAGGGAUAAAAUUGCUUUCUUUGACAAAGAAUGUUCAAAAGUGGCAGAACAUAUUUAUCUUGGUGGAGAUGCAGUCGCGAGAGACAGGGAUAUACUAAAGAAGAAUGGAAUCACCCAUGUCUUGAAUUGUGUGGGUUUUCUUUGUUCUGAGUAUUUCAAGGAUGAUUUUGUGUACAGAACUCUGUGGUUGCAAGACAAUCCAUCUGAGGAUAUUACAAGUAUACUCUAUGACGUUUUUGAUUACUUUGAAGAUGUUAGGGAACAGCAUGGAAGGGUCUUUGUUCAUUGCUGCCAGGGGGUAUCGAGGUCCACAUCGUUGGUGAUAGCAUAUCUUAUGUGGAGAGAAGGUCAGAGUUUUGAUGAUGCCUUUCAGUAUGUGAAGGCAGCUAGAGGGAUUGCAGAUCCAAACAUGGGUUUUGCUUGCCAGUUGCUGCAGUGCCAAAAGAGGGUCCAUGCAGUUCCUUUGAGCCCUAGUUCCUUAUUGAGAAUGUAUAAACUUGCCCCUCACUCACCAUAUGAUCCUUUGCACCUUGUCCCAAAAAUGUUGAAUGAUCCUUCUCCUUUUGCUCUGGAUUCUAGAGGUGCCUUUAUCAUUCAAAUACCUUCUGCAAUGUAUAUUUGGAUUGGUAAAAACUGUGAUGCCAUCAUGGAAAGGGAUGCAAGAGGGUCUGUCUGUCAGAUUUUUCGGUAUGAGAAAGUGCGAGGGCCAAUAGUAAUGAUCAAGGAGGGAGAAGAACCAUCACACUUUUGGGAUGCCUUUUCAAACUUUUUACCUUUGAUGGAUAAAUCUGGAAGAGUGGAGUUUGGGGAAUCAACAAUAAAGAUUUCCCCUGGUCAGAGGAAAGUGGAUGCAUAUAAUGUUGAUUUUGAGAUUUUCCAGAAAGCUAUCAAGGGGGGUUUUGUUCCUUCACUUGCUUCAUCUGAGAAUGAAUAUGAAACUCACCUUCCUGCUAGAGAAAGCAGUUGGAGUGCUCUUAGACGCAAGUUUGCUUCUGGUGUAAUGAAGGAAUUUGUCAUAUUACCUAAGUUAUCCCUCCCUAGGGUCUACUCAGAAUCUAUGAUGGUAGUACACUCAUCAUCCCCUUCAUCCUCAUUGUCAUCCUCAUCUUCACCUUAUCUUUCUCCUGAUUCCAUAUCUUCUGAUUCAAGUACUGGUUCGAGGUAUUCAGAAUCAUCUGUGGAUUCUCCUUCAGCUGCUUCGUGUCCUCUUCCAGUGUCUUCAGCUUUGUCUAACAUUUCUAACUUGACACUCUGCUCAUCCAAAAUGACUGAACCCCAAACUAAUGGCCCAGAAAUUGUGGGCAAGACUUGCAAUUUGCAGCCAAGCCCUAGGUCUGCAGCUUCAGCUUUUAAAAAAGCUUCAGUUUCCCUAGCAGAGCGUCGUGGGAGCUUGUCAAAGUCUCUGAAGCUGCCGGCGAUGACUGAUAAUAUAAGAGUAAAUCCACCGUCUUUUCAUGUCAGUCAGGAAGAUGGGAUCGGGAUCAAUGGCAUCUCUUACUCUUCAUAUGGGUCAGAUAUAGAAAUUGUAUUUGAUUCCAAGUGUGGUGUGAGACAAGGGGAGGGAGAUUUAGCUCCCAAGUUGAAGAUAUCUCCUGGUGGAGUAGCUAAUAUUGAUCUGUGUGAUAAGGAAGCUGUUUUUGCUGAUAGUUCAGGCCCUCCUUGUAGAAAUUACGCUUUAGGAGAUGGGUUUGGAUCCACUGCCCUGAAAGGGUUGGAGGAAAGUGGUUCUUCGCAUCCAAAUGUAAUGCAACCUUUAGUAUAUCGAUUGCCCCAUUUAGAAAGGAUUUCAAGACUUAGUAUGUCUGAUCUAGAUUCUAAAUCUGCAUUUGCAAUUUUCAUCCCAAGUACAGGUUUGGGCAAAAGUGAAGUUAGGAAUCUCUAUUUUUGGGUAGGAAGGUCUUUUUCUUGCGAUAAAAGCUGGAUUCAAUUAAAUAACAGCGGAGAAUUGGGAGAUAAAAAAGAGAUUGAGUGGAAUCAAGUUGGUUCUAAUGUUCUAGCCCAUUUGGGUCUGCCAAAGGAUACCCCAAUUAAGAUUGUUAAAGAAGAUGAAGACCGGUGGGGUUUCUUGCAUCACUUAGUACAGUGUAGCACUACUACAAUCUAAGGAGAGGCCUUCAACCUGAUAGCUUAAAUCAUUUUCAAUUUCUUCAGCUGGAUUAUUUUGCUCUAGAACUUUGGAGCAUCAAGUUGAUCUCCCCUGGCAAAACCAGUGAGGUAAUGAGCUUUUUUUAAUGACUGUAGAUUCUCCAGUAGUAGCCAGUAUCUAAUAACCUGCUUCAUAAGAGGAAAAUAGACCCUCCAAUACUGUAUUAUCUUACCAAGAUUUUAUUUGAGUUGUUUGCCAUCCUUCUUUCUUUCCUCUUCUUCUUUUUUUAGGUUUUUUGGCAUGACUAGUUUCAUUCAGGCUUUAGCAAUGCUAGUUUGACUUGGAAUGUCUUAUUGUGUUAUAUCCUAAGUUAUAUGAUUCUUUUCCACCUCCUACUUCUCAUAAAUGUCUUUUUAGUUAGAAUGCAUUCUCUCGAUGAGAUUUAGUUGGUAAACUCGACUAUGGUUAAGUAUUUGAAGUAGGACAGUUGCAAAACGCAAUGAAACCAAAAUUGUUGUUGAAAUCAAGCAGUUGAAAAAUAAGAAGUCGUUUCAUUGCUCAUGCUUAAAGAACAGUGGAUCAAAAUGCAUAAAACUAUUUCUUAUGAAACUCUUUUGACAUUUCACUGUUGUAAUGGCCUUAAAUGUGUCCAGUGCAACUGUCGUUGAUUGAAGAAAGGACUUUGAUAUGCCAUGUAACCAUGUUAUUGGUUUCUUUUGAAUGCUUUUUCCAUCCCAUUUCACUUUUUUUCUUUGAAUCUAUUUUUUGCAGGUAGCUGCAUUUAGUUAUCCUAAUGUUGGUCCGUCUGGCUGUACAGUAUCGAACACCUCAUUGACCAAAAAUCAUUUGCCUCAUAGACUGAAUGUUAUUGUAUACUCAAUGUUACUAGAAAACGUUGUGAAGGCACUUUCCAGGAGAAAUAGAUAAUUGAAAUUUCCAUUCUACAAUCUACUUUCUCUGUUUUUUUUUUCCCCUUUGUUGGUAGCUUUGUUCCUCGUAUAAAUUACUUUUUAACUG